UAGAAACCAUCAGGUGAACUAAAAAAAGAAAAAAAUGUUGAAAAGAGAAAAGAAAGAAAAAUACAAAAGGAAACCCCAAACAUCAAUAUCCAAGCAUAUAAAACCCAAACCUCUGAAGCUGCCUGGUUGUGAGGCAGAGGAAGGUGCGUGUGUUUCGGCUAUGCUGCCGGCAGGUGGACUCUGAAAGGCCUUAUAGAACUGGUGCUUCCUGUGGAGGCAGGCAGAAGAACAAAGCUCGUGGAGGUGCCUUUUCUCCUCCUUGCCCUACUCUGCUAAACUGUGGCCUCCAAUUCCCUGACAACGCCCAGGGGAGCGAGAUGAAGUGGAAGAGGAUUGUUACCAUUGCUCUCCUGCAGGCACUGCUCCCAAUUACAGAUGCUGUACCAAUUCUUGGACUGACAGACCCAAGACUCUGCUACUUGCUGGAUGGAUUCCUCUUCAUUUACGCAGUCAUCAUAACAGCACUUUUCGUGAAAGCUAAGCUCAGCCAAGCCCCUGAGCCACAGCUGCAGCCAGGCCAGGACGAUGUGUAUAAUAAACUGUCUCGCGGGCACAGAGAUGAAUAUGACGUUCUGGGGGCAAAAAGAGGUGUAGACCCGGAGAUGGGUGGGAGACACCAGCAGAGAAGAAAGACCCCUCAGGACACCGUCUACACUUCACUGCAGAAGGACAAGAUGGGCGAGGCGUACAGUGAAAUUGGAAAGAAGGGAGAGCAGCAGAGGCGGCGAGGCAAAGGGAACGAUGGUGUUUACCAGGGGCUCAGUGCAGCAACCAAGGACACAUAUGACGCUCUCCAGAUGCAGCCUUUGCCCCCCCGCUAAGUGGGAGUCACAGAGGGGAUGGGCAAAAGUGAGAAAUGCCCACCUGCUUUAGGGAAGGAGAGAAGGGAAAGCCUUUUUUUUGAUCCAAAACAGGCACUGGGUAUUUUCUCAGUGCAGCAAACCACUUUGGUUUGUGCACAGAGGGAAUACAUCUGGACUUGGUCAGCCUCUUCUCCUUUCCCUCUUGAAUCAUGUAACUGCAAGCUUUAGCUAUUAAAGUGUACAUAUCUGUAAAGUUACCUCCAAUGAUAGUGGUUAUUAGGCAGAUUUUUGUAAGAUUUGUGUUGUGGGACCAGAUCAGAUCCCUGGGUUCUCCUAUUGCCUGAUCUGUUUCCCUAGCGCUCACUUGCCUUCCAGGGGUAUCAAGUCAUGUAAUUAUGAUUUUGUUGCAUGUAAAGACCCUUGUAAAGAUAAGGCUGUAGUUAUUUCCUGCGUUAUUUAUGAUAAAAACAUUUGACAUAGGCCAGCUAAACUUUUGGUUUAAAUUUACCUUUUAGAAAUUAACAGGGGACAGGGUUUUUUUUUUCUUUAACUGUAAAAAGUGAUGUAAUGUUACUGUGUUUAAGGACAGAGGCUAAAGGCCAGCUGUACCUACCUGUUCAGUAUUAAGAAAAUCAGCACUUAGCUCCAACAAAAGGUCAAGUAACGGCAGUGCCACACAUUCAGCAAAUGGAACUAAAUAAAGGCCAGGUAAUCGGUGUAAGAAAUUUCUCAGAAGGCAGAAGAUACCCCUGUUACUGUGAAAACAAGGAGAACCGACUCUAAAAGCGAGUAAUAUUGAAGAAGCCAGGGAACCACGUACUAGAGAACACCAUUUGGCUAAAGGAUACAUUUGCUUCACUUCUGCCCCUCUUAUUAGCAACAUCUACAAACAUCACUGCACAACAGUCUCCCGGUGUAAGAAUUGUUGUUAUAAUUCUAAUGUUAAAAAAAAAAAACCCACCAACAUAAUCAUUUGCUGGCAACAGCUGCUUUGCACUCAAGGCAACAGAAAUGCAGUUUCAAAACCAGUCUACCAUCAGGGUACUAUUAAAAGAUAAUGCAGAUGUCAUUCCAAAGUGAUAGCAGUCAAUAAUGUAAUGCAUU